UUCAAUUGAAUAAUAAUAGUAAUAAUAAUUAUAUAAUCAACCAAAAAAAUCAAACAAAUAAAAAUUGCAGAGAGAAAAAAAGACCGAAGCGGUUCCUCCGUUUGGUGAUGGUUAAUGCUUUUAUCCGCGUUGCCGAUAGGGAGAAGAAGAAGCAAAAGGGAAGGCAAAAUUCAAAUCGAGAUUUCAGCUUGGACUUAACCGUCGUUUUCCCGUACAUCGCCAUUUUCAUGCUAUUUUUCUCAACCGGCGACGGCAUUGAAGGUUUACGAAAAUGGAUCUUAUUCGCGGAAGCUAGCACCGCCGGCGGUGGUGGCGGCGGCGGCUUCUGGUCUUAUUACUCUGUGGUUUCGCCUUCUGGCAUAGCCAUCGCCGUCACUGCCAUGGCCGGUAUCGCUCUCGCUGCUACCAUCGUUUAUUCUCGAAGGGGUAGCCUGAAAUCACCCUGGGCCCUUAGAAAAAGAAAAUAUGCCCUUCAACCUAAACAAUGGAAAAGUUUAUUCACGCUGGAUGGGAAACUUGGUGAUGGUGGUGUCAAGUUUCUGAAGAAAGUUCGAAGUGGAGGUGUUGAUCCAAGUAUUAGAGCAGAGGUAUGGCCAUUCCUCCUUGGAGUAUAUGACCUCAACAGUUCAAAGGAAGAAAGAGACUCCAUUAGAAGACAGAAAAGAAAAGAGUUUGAAAGAUUGCGGAAAUGGUGCCGCCAAAUUCUUAAACGUAUUGAGAAUAGCUCUACGGUUAAGGAAACUGCUGGAAACUACUGCAAUGAAGACAGUGAGGAUUUAAGUCAAGUUGUUGAUUCUUCAGGCUUAGAGGAUGUGGUUAGUGGUAGAAGGUCAACUGAGGGAGAAAGUCCCAUGGUUGAUGAUUCUGAGAAUAGCUCUAAGGUUAAGGAAACUGCUGGAAACAACUGCAAUGAAGACAGUGAGGAUUUAAGUCAAGUUGUUGAUUCUUCAGGCUUAGAGGAUGUGGUUAGUGGUAGAAGGUCAACUAAGGGAGAAAGUCCCAUGGUUGAUGAUUCUGAUCGCCCUCCGCGUGACCAAAGUCAUCAGACCCUUGUAUCUUCUGACUCAGAUUCGGAGGGAGGUAUUGAUAAGAGUGAAAUUACUUGUGAAGACGAUUCUCCUGGUGAGACAGAAUCCUCUGGUUCCGAUACCUCUGAUGAAGAUGAAAACAUACCCCUCUUUGCCUCAGAAAUAACAGAGGAAAAUAAUAUUGAUAAAGAUGAUAAUUCCUCUGCCUCCCGUAUAAAAAGCAGGUCAAAAUCCCAUGCGGAUGAAGAUUUUGCCACAUGGCAGAGAAUCAUCCGUGUUGAUGCUGUGAGGGCAAAUGAUGAAUGGAUUGCUUACUCUUCAACUCAGGCAUUGGUAUCAGAAAUGAAAGCAUACCAGUUAGCUGAGAGUGUUGGCUUGAAGGAAUAUGAUCACCUAGAGCCCUGCAGGAUUUAUCAUGCUGCUCGUCUUGUUGCUAUACUUGAGGCCUAUACCCUUUAUGAUCCCGAGAUAGGUUAUUGCCAAGGAAUGAGCGAUCUGCUCUCUCCCAUCAUUUCAGUGGUAGAGGAUGAUUCUGAAGCCUUCUGGUGCUUUGCAGGUUUCAUGAAAAAGGCUCGUCACAAUUUCCGGCUUGAUGAAGUGGGCAUUAGAAGACAGUUAAACAUCGUGUCCAAGAUUAUCAAGUGUAAGGAUAGUCAUUUAUAUAGGCACCUGGAGGAGCUUCAAGCAGAAGAUUGCUUCUUUGUGUAUAGAAUGGUUGUAGUUCUUUUCAGGAGGGAGUUAAGCUUCGAGCAGACUCUUUGCCUCUGGGAAGUGGUCUGGGCAGACCAGGCAGCAAUUCGUGCUGGUAUUACAAAGACCAGUUGGGGGAGGAUGAGACUUAGAGCUCCACCUACAGAUGAUCUUUUGCUUUAUGCAAUCGCAGCUUGUGUUUUGCAAAGGAGGAAGCUAAUCAUAGAGAUGUAUAGCAGCAUGGAUGAGAUAAUGAGAGAAUGCCAUAGUAUGGCUGGACGACUGGAUGUCUGGAAGCUUCUCGAUGAUGCCCAUGGCUUGGUGGUCAACCUGCAUGACAAGAUUUAGUAUUAUGCUCUGCCUUUUCCUUCUUAUUUCAAUCAAUUUCCUACACUAAUUCUUUUUCAAAUUUUCCUCGACUCUCACAAUAUUUAGGGACCCGAGGUACUUUACAUUUCUGCUUGAAACAAGCGACUGAUAUAGCCAAACUCCAUGUAACAAGUAAGUUAUGAGAUUAUAUUUACUAUAUGAUGUAUUGCCCAUGCUCGAGCUUUAUCUUAGAGUGACGGUGGCAACGCUGAAAAAUCAGCAGUUUAGAAUGUUUAAGUUUGCUUUGCAAUUAUGGAAUUACAGAACCUUGCACCUUUACUUUUC